AUGAAAGAGGCUGGCGGCGUGCCCAGCGUAUGUGUUCGCGAGCUUCAUGGCCACCACGGGCCCGUCAACGCCGUGCGCUUUAACUCUAAGGGCACUUAUGUGAUGACCUGUGGUCAAGACAAGACUGUGAAACUCUGGAACCCUCACCGUAACGGCGUGGAGAAGCCGGAUGAGGCGCUGCUGGUCAAGUCUUACGAGGGCAGGCACGGCUACGAUGUACAGGACGUCGCAAUAGCUCAUGACAACGCCAAGUUCGCGUCGUGCGGUCGAGACAAAGACGUUUUCAUGUGGGACGUGCCUACUGCUAAAGUUAUUCGCAAGUUUGAAGGCCACGAGCAUAGUGUGAAUUGUGUGCGCUAUAAUGUGGAUUCAUCUGUGCUGCUGAGUGGAUCCUAUGACAAGACGAUCCGAGCCUGGGACAUCAGAGCUCGAAAUGCAUACACACCGAUUCAGAUUUUGGACGACUUCCGAGAUAGCGUCACGUCGAUGGUAUUGACAGACCAUGAGAUCGUUGCAGGGUGUGUUGAUGGUGUUGUGCGCACAUACGACCUUCGAGCUGGACAGCUCUUCCGCGAGCAUAUUGACGAACCUGUGGUGUCAGUAGCACAUUCCCCCGAUGAGCGCUUCAUCCUUGCUGGGUGUCUCGAUGGCUCCAUUCGACUGAUUGAGAAAGCUAACGGUACAGAAGUCAAGAGCUAUCGUGGCCACAGCGUGCAAGAUUACAAAAUCGAAUGCGGAUUCUCAAGUGACGGAGCCUUCGUGCUUAGUGGCUCCGAGGACGGAAAAAUCUACUGGUGGGAUCUCGUGGACGCAACGCACAAGCGCUCAUGUGUUGCGCACAACAAGCCCGUUCGGGCACUCGCAUGUCAUCCUGAGAGUAGCAUGUUUGUUACUGGCUGCAUCGAUGGCUCGGCAAAAGUCUGGUCUCAAAGUUGA